CAAAAGAAUCUACGUACAACCAAAGAACCAGAGAUAACACUGUUUUGUUUUGUGUUUUGUGUAAGAAGCAUAGAUAAAAGAUAUCUAUGGUAAGCAGUCUUCUUGAUUCUGUGGUGAAAGCACAUACUUGUGGGUGAAAGUCUUGUAUUUAGGUUAUGUUUAUAUUUUUUAUCAGAAUUUAAUUUUUAUAAUAAAAUGAUUUUUGCCAUAAUUGGAGUCGGAGUGGUUGUUUAUGGAAUUUUUUAUACAAUCAGUACAUCUCUAAGUGAUUGUGAUUUACAAUUAAAAAUUUACGAAUAUUUUGGAAAGUCACCAAGACGUUUAAAAGGAAAAGUGGUUUUCAUUACUGGAGCUUCCAGUGGAAUUGGUGAACAUUUAGCAUAUUCAUUGGCCAAACACAAUGUAAAACUUGUAUUAGCAGCUAGACGAAACGAAGAGUUGCAGAGAGUUAAAAGGAAAUGUAUAGAGCUGUCUAAUCAACAAUUGGAAGACAAAGAUGUCCUUGUUCUUGUAUUGGAUGUAACAGAUUUGGAGAGCCAUAAGAAACAUUUUGACCAUGCUGUCAGGCAUUUUGGGCAUGUUGACAUUCUUGUCAACAAUGCCGGAAGAUCUCAAAGAGCAUUGUGGGAAAACAUUGACAUGAAAGUGGAUAAACAAAUGUUUGAACUUAAUGUUUUUGGAGUAAUUAACUUAACUAGGCUGGCAAUAAGUCAUUUUAAUAAAACUGGAGGGGGUCAUGUUGCUGUUGUGUCCAGUUUAGCAGGAGUUAUUGGAGUGCCUUAUUCUGGCACUUAUACUGGAACCAAGUAUGCUAUACAUGGUUACUUUAAUUCUUUGAGGAAUGAAAAAAUGGGCAAAAAUAUUUCUGUGAGUUUGAUAUGUCCUGGACCAACGUUUACCAACUUUUUACAGGAAAGCUUUACGGAAAAAGAUGGUGUUAAAUAUGACAAAACCACACAACCCACUGACCGCCGAAUGACGGCUCAAAGAUGCGGAGAUUUGUCAGCUAUAGCGUUAGCUAAUAAACUUGGAGAGUCGUGGAUGGGACUUUUUCCUCUUAUGCCAUUUACAUAUAUAUCAGUUUAUUUUCCUAUUAUAUUCAAUACGGCUUUAAAACUUGUUGGUCCAGAAAUAAUGUUUAAGCUAAGGGAUAGCAAAAAGGUGGAACUUACUGAGGUACACGUAGUUUAAUGUUAUAUAUAUUUAUAAUUUAUAAAGAUAAAUAUUUAAACAAUCUAACCUUCCCUUUUAAAUUACUCAACGAGUAAAAUGCGUUUGAUAUUAUAAAAAUAGUCCUUAAGGGAAUUCCCUUUUAAAUUAUUCAACAAGUUAAAAUAUUAUAUGAAUAUAGCCAUGAUGCCAUUUAGGUCAAUUCAUACAGGUUAAACCCAGAUUGUUGCUGCAUGGGCCAAAAUUUUGGUUAACACCAGUCUUAACUUUUGAAAUUAAAGUUAUGUUUUAAAAAUUAUCAAAAUUUGUUUGAACUUGUAAAUUUUUUUAUUAUCCCUAUUGUAAAUGACCUAUAGAAUCCAAUAAAAAAUAAGUAAUUGGUUUGAAUUGGUUUAAAAUGUGUUUUGGCG